AAAAAAAAAAAAAAAUAAAUAAAUAAAUAAAUAAAAAAUAAAUUCUUUCCUCUUCUUUAAUUUUAUUUAUCUGUUUUUCUUUUAUUGCAUGUUCAUAGAUCAUAAAAACGGAAAGUUCUAUCAUUCAAAAAUUAAUUCAACAAAAAAAAAUUUUUCUUAAAAGAAAAUAUAUAAUAAUGUCGGAAGAACAUCUACCGAAUAUUCCACUCUUCCUAUCGGAUGCACAAAAUUUGGAACAAGAAACAUUAUCAAAUAAAUUUACUAAAUUAAAUCAAGCGGAAAUAGAAAGAAUCAAUCAUUAUAAUGAAUCAUCUAGCCCGUUUAGUGCAAAAACCGCAAUUAGUAAAAUUUCAAUGAAAUUCAAUAGAUAUUCAGAUAUCAUACCAUUUGAUCGUAAUCGUAUUAAGUUGCAUAGUAAGCGUAGUAGUAAUAAUACCGAUUAUAUUAAUGCAAGUUAUAUUGAAGCACCUCAAAAAUUACGUAGAUACAUAGGAACUCAAGGUCCUUUGGAGAAUACUAUUGAGGAUUUUUGGUGUAUGGUUUGGGAACAACGUAGUCAUGUUGUUGUGAUGUUAACUAAAGAAAAUGAAAAGGGUAGAGUUAAAUGUACUAAAUAUUGGCCAGAUUUAAAUGGUAACCCGAUGAUUUUUCAAGAAUUGGGACUCAAAGUUGAAAUGGAAUCUGAAGAAUUAGAACCAAGUUCUUCUAGCUUAAUUCGUACGUUUCGUUUAGAGAAGUCUAACUCUCAUGUAAGCGUUAUUAAUGCUUCUCAAGGGAUCAUGGGAGAUAAUGUCGAUAUUAGAAAAGUAACACAAUUACAUUUUGUUGGAUGGCCUGAUCAUGGUGUACCAGAUUCACCUGAAAUGAUAUUAAAUUUAAUUGGUAAAACAAAUGAAUUUCAACAAAAACAUCAAAGUGAAUUAAAUGAGGAGAUUGGACCUCCUAUUAUUCAUUGUAGUGCGGGAUGUGGUAGAACUGGUACAUUUUGUACUAUUGAUAGUUGCCUGGCUAUGUUACCGCUUCCUGGAGAUGAUCCUACUGAUAUAAUUGAAUAUCUUGUGAAUUAUUUUAGAGAACAACGUAGAACCAUGGUUCAAACUCUUGGACAAUUUCAAUAUUGUUAUUUGGCUGUUCUCAGUAAACUUGUUACAAGUAAGUAAUAGAGUGAAAGGAUAAUGGUUGAAGAUUUUGGGGGGGAAUAAAAUAAUUGAGCGUGGGAAGGGAAAUAAUUUAUUUUGUCUAUUUAUUAAUGUUUAUUUAAUUUUUUUUUUUUUUAUUCAUGAAAUGUAUUAAGUGUGAUUCAAAAAUAAAAAAGAAAGAAUUUUGGCCAUUGAAUUAUGUCACGUUAUUCUAUGGUGUUUAGAUAUAUAAGUUAUAUUAAUAAUCGUUAGUAUUAUCUAGAUUUUUUAGGAUAGUAUUCGUGUAUGUGGGUUUAUUGCUAAAAUCAUAGAUAGUAAAAUUUUAUUUUUACAAAAAAUGUACGUGGAGUACCACGAUAUCAAAUUUAAUUAUCAAUAUGACCAUUACAAAUUUUUUUUCUUUUUUGGAGUA